AGUUGCGCUCUGUCGAUGGGGGCGCGUUGGGCACAUCGCCGGUGCUGUCGGUAUAAACCGGGCGCGGCUGCCACCAGCUCUGAGCCAUUUCAUCAUCAUCAGCAGCAGCAGCAGGAGCAGACGGUCCCUCAAACCCGCUCCGCCGUUUAAUCAGACCAUGGCUGAACUGGAUUGAGAACCCCGGAACCGCGGUUAAAAGAACGGGAUGUCAUACCCCAAUGGCGCUUCGGUUGGAUUACCCAUGUACAAUCUCCAGGAUCAAGUGCAAAGCUCAAAUUCCCAACUGUUGACCGUCAAUGGGCACAGACAUCCUCCGGCGUUUUUGGGAGUGGCAGAGGAUGCGGUCGACACUGGCUAUUCUCCGGUUUCAUUUGAACAAGAAGAAGCCAUGGUUAAUAAUGGAUCAAGUAUUCCUGACAAUCCGGAGGCGGAUAUGCCAGAUUCAAACCUUCCGAUAAGUAGCGCAUCCAUGGCCGGCUCGGAGUCCCGCAAAAAUAGCUCGUCCACUCGGUUUUACCAUCCUUACAUGACCAAAACUAGCAUGCAGGGAGAUGUUUACAACUUCUUGGAAAGACCCAGUGGCUGGAAGUGCUUUCUGUAUCAUUUCGCUGUGUUCUUGAUGGUGUUGAUUUGUUUGAUCUUCAGUGUACUAUCCACCAUUGAUCAUUAUGCUGAUUUUGCAACUGGAACUCUGUUUUGGAUGGAAAUUGUGUUAGUAGUUUUCUUUGGUGCUGAAUAUAUGGUACGAUUGUGGUCUGCAGGCUGCAGAAGUAAAUAUGUUGGUGUUAAAGGAAGGAUUCGGUUUGCCAGAAAACCUAUUUCCAUUAUAGAUCUGAUUGUAGUGAUUGCAUCCAUUAUAGUGCUCAGUGUCGGAUCAAAUGGUCAGGUCUUUGCCACAUCUGCCAUCAGGGGUAUUCGUUUCCUUCAGAUCUUACGGAUGCUGCAUGUGGAUCGACAGGGUGGCACUUGGAGACUUUUAGGAUCUGUCGUUUUUAUUCAUCGUCAGGAACUCAUAACAACAUUAUACAUUGGUUUUCUGGGUUUGAUCUUCUCCUCCUAUUUUGUAUAUCUGGCUGAGAAGGAUGCAGUAGAUGAAAAGGGAAAGACUGGGUUUGGCAGUUAUGCUGAUGCAUUGUGGUGGGGUGUGGUCACAGUUACAACAAUUGGAUACGGUGACAAAGUCCCACAGACGUGGAUUGGAAAGACAAUAGCAUCUUGCUUCUCUGUUUUUGCUAUAUCUUUCUUUGCGCUUCCAGCAGGUAUACUGGGAUCUGGAUUUGCUCUCAAAGUUCAACAGAAACAGCGUCAGAAGCAUUUCAGUCGGCAGAUUCCUGCUGCUGCCUCCCUCAUUCAGACCUUAUGGCGAUGUUAUGCUGUAGAGAAAACCCACAGUUCCACAGCUACUUGGAAGAUGUAUGUAAUGCCUCCUGAUUACAUUUCCAAAACAUCAGCAAUGCCAUCCAGCCCAAAUGUGAGGAAACAGGUGAAGAAAUAUAAAAGAAAAUGCAAAAUGGGAAGUGAUAAUGAGACAGCUCUCAUGAUGAAUAUUGGAGAAAAUGCAUUAUCAGUCCCACAAAUAACUUAUGACCAUAUUGAUGAAAAGGAUAACAAGAAAGAAGUCAAUUAUUUUAUUGAUGAACCCGCAGGUCUUACAAGGAUGUUUAGACAAUCUGGUCGACAGCUUUCCUGGUCUUCCUUAACGAUCUGUACCUCAAGCUAUCCCUCAUCACCAGUGAGAAAACAUGCUACUGAAGAUAACCCAAAUGAUAUUUCACGGACCAACAGCUUUACUGACGAAAUGGAUUUGAUGGGUGAAGAAUCACCACUCCCUGUGGUGACAGAUGUAUUACAAUUAUCAGAAGCACACAGAGCUGCCAUAAAGGUUAUUCGACGAAUGCAAUAUUUUGUUGCCAGGAGAAGAUUUCAGCAAGCUCGAAAACCAUAUGAUGUGCGAGAUGUAAUUGAACAGUAUUCCCAGGGGCACUUGAAUAUGAUGGUCCGGAUCAAAGAACUACAAAGAAGGUUAGAUCAUUCUUUGGGAAAGCCUGCAUUUUUUCUUUCAGAAAAGGGACUAGACAAAGGUUACUACUCUGCAGGAGCCAGACUGAUCCGGCUGGAAGAUAAGGUCACACAGAUAGACCAGAAACUAGAUGAUGUCCUGAGCAUUCUUAAAGAUCAUCUAACCAUACAGCAGCUGCAACAUUCUUCAGAAUCUACAUCGCCAACAACCAAACACCUUGUCUCCAUGUCAGUAAACUCAAAAGUAUGAGGCCACAAACGCAGCAAUUUUAAACUAUAAACAUCUGAACUAGUCAAUGCUUCAAGUGAAAAUCAUAUGAUAAUGUUGGGCAUUCUUUUCUUUCAAAAUAAAUGUAUGAUGUACUGCUUUUGAAAAGGUAUGUCUUCUCUGUAAAUUUGUUUGGUGAAACUCUGUGCAUCUAUCUAUACUAUAGCUAGUGCUCAUCUUGUACCCUAAAUCUAUUAACUUAGCAAUUUUAACACUUGUAAUGCUCUGGUUGUGGUGCUGACAAGGAUCAAAAGAAUGUUCAGCUCCUCCACAGUGUUCAACAAAAACAGCAUACUAUAAAUAUAUUCAAAUUUCAGAAGCAGUAGACAUUUGAAAAAAAGGAAAUGUUCAUCUUUGCAGAA